AUGGGGUUAAAGGCUCCGAGCUUGACGGUCCAUAAUUUUUAUUUUGGAGAUGGAGCCGACAUAACAGGAGUUCCAAGCAAGAUGCUUACCUUGAAUUGUUCGGUGGCGAUGACAGUAUAUAACCCUGCUACUUUCUUUGGUAUUCAUGUUAGCUCCAAUCCUGUCAAUCUAAUGUACUCAGAAAUUGUAGUGGCAACUGGUCAGUUGAAGAAGUACUAUCAACCAAGAAAGAGUCAUCGUACUGUGGUUGCGACUCUCGAGGGAGAUAAAGUUCCUUUGUAUGGGGCAGGGGCAAGCUUAGCAGUCUCAGACGAUAUGGGUGGAGUUCCAAUGAAGUUGAUAUUUGAAGUUCGAUCCAGAGGGAAUGUGGUGGGGAAGUUAGUGAGAUCAAGGCAUCGAAAACUUAUCUCUUGUUCCUUGGUUAUUGACCCCCAUAGUAACAAACCUCUCAAGCUAAAAAAUAGUUCAUGCGUAUAUGACUGAGUUUCAGAGUGAUGGUUCUCCUGCAACUCUACAAAUUGGUUUCCGCUUGGCAAUGGUGGAUUUUGACUGAUUUGAGUCUUUUUCAGAGCUUCUAGUGCUUGGGUAUGUGUGUGGCAUUAAUAAUUUCUUUAAUAGAUCAGUUUGGAGUGAAAUUGAGAAAGUUUAGUUUGUCUUUGCUUGGAGAAAUAUGAACUAUCAUCUUGAUGUAGGUUACAUGUUGUGGGUUAUAUUUGUCGAUGGCAUAAAUUUGAUUCAUUAAGAAGUUUCUUGUUGCCAUUUACGCCUGUAUGCAUGUAGAGAAACUCCACGAAUGUUUUCUGUGAUAAUUGGUAAAACAAGAUUUUGUUCAUA